CUUCUUUGCCCCAUCUCGAAGGUGUUUUUUCUUCGCCAUGUCUCAGCCCGCGUCACAGCAAGCCCUCUAUGGCUAUGAGGAGGCAGCCGCUAGUGCGCCCCCUCCCGAGCAGCCAAACUUGCCCCAGGCCACUCCACAUGCUCCCCUCAUCCCCAUCGGCCGGGCGGUGUCAUCGCACAGAAGUUGCGUGGCCAAGGCCUUGUGCGCCCAUCUCACAUCCAUCGCGGUGGCCAACGUGAUUGUGUGGACCAUUUACUUCUUGGUCUGGAACAGCAGUUAUCCCUGGCCCAUGUGGGUGACCUUUGGCACCUUGCUCUCGGUGGCGGGUCACGCGGUGAACGUCCUGCCCUGGACGCAGAGUGCCACGCCUCGUGGUCCUGCCAGAUGUCCGAGGUGGCUACAGACCGUCCUCGGCAACAUCGUCCUUGUGAACGUUAGUGUUUGGGUCGUGUACUUCUUCACCAGUUGCGCCUUUCACUGCGGCUACUACUGGCCGCCGGGAACCCGUUGCAACACCUUGCACUGCGGCUACGUUUGGCCGGUUUGGGUGAGCGUGCCCAGCUGCUUUGCAGCCCUGGUGGUGUCCGCCGUGGCCAGGGCCUGUCACAAGCCAGAGGUUGGCAUUUCGCGUGGAGUGCCCUGACCGAAUUGGAGUCGCCACGGACCCACCAACCUCAUCGGCCGAUGGAGCUUGGUGGGGUGGCUGAAGCUGUGAACGUUGGCUCAAUGGGCCCUCCUCUUUUGAGGCCAACUCCCUCGUUCCUUCGGCCUUUGAGCCGCGGGUGAGGAAUGGCCGGUCUCGCCGGUGCGGCGUGGGGAGUGCAGUGUUUCUCACCGGUGGAGUGUACAGAGUCUCCACGUGUGGUUGAGACCAAAAAGGACCGCGACCGGCGCCCAGGUGGCUUCCGCUGGGCCUUUCUUUGGAGGGUGAAGGUUUAUGAACA